UACCGAAAAUCUUCAAAGAAGAAUGUCAGACUUUCAGAUAGUAAUGAGAAGUCGUAAAAAUAGAAAAAAGAACACUCCAACGAUUAAUAAAAAUGAUGAUGCAACAACAGAAAAUCACACAAUAACUGAUAUUAAUACAAUCAACAGAAGGCUUCAAGAGUCCACGUGUCUCUUGAAAGCUUCAGAAUUUUACAGUCAAGUUAGAGAUCUUAUAGCAGACCAUGACAUUGAGGAAAUAGUGUGUUAUGGUAUUGGUAACUUUGCAGAAUGUUGUAUAGCAAGAUAUCAAUUAGCUCUUCUCGUUUUACUGAGAGAAGAUACCAUUCAGAUUCCUAAAAGUUCCUGUUAUUUUUAUGAUCCCAAAUUUUACAGUGAAGAAAAGUUGUACUUGAAAGAUGCCGGUUUUACUGUGAUUCCUGAAAAUGAGGAAGGAAAGAGGAAAGCUGAGAAGAAAACACUAUUUUAUAUGCCACACUGUGGGAAGAGUCUGUAUAAUAACUUAAUAUGGGCAAACUGGAACCCUAGUAGUCUGUCAAAGUGUAUUAUUGUUGGAAACAGCUUUACAAAUAUUCUGGAAAGGAAUCCAAGACGAAAACUGGAAAAUUCUUGCUGGUACUUGUUAAAUAUAGCACCAUUUGCUAAGGAAGAAAAAUUACCAGAAAAUUUUCAGUAUACAGAUAUAUUUAAUGACACUGUGAUUACAUCUUUCCCAGAAUGCACUUUAAAGGAUGUGACUUUGUCAACAUGGGAGCAUUCUGAGGAACCAAGCUAUAAUGAAGAUGAUUUAGAAUUUAUAACAAAUAAAAUAACAAGUUUGUGAUGUUUACUUGUCUGCAAGUUAUUGUUAAUUGGUC